UCUUACUGAGGUAUAUAUUGCAGCAUUAUUUCCCGUAAAGUUUAAAACGCAUUUAGAAAAAUGUCAUAUUUUUCUUGGUAUUCUAAGGUGUUUGUAUUUAUUUAUUUAUUGGACACAUUGUCUCAAAAUUCUCUCACAGCAGACUGCAUUCCUCUAAAGUUUGCACAGAUUUCCAGCAAUGAGGAAUCCACAACAGUACACCUCAGUAAUGAAUUUCUGAAAGGUACCAGAAGGGAUGACAAAACUUCAAUGGAAGCAUUACUAUUUAACGUACAUUCUGGAGAAGGUGUGUUACAAGACAACGGUUACAUAUCUAUUGAAGAUGAUGUUGUCAAAUCUCUUGUUAAAAGAGAAUCCCCUGAUGAUAUAAACACAAAACUCAACCAAAAAAGUCCAAAAAAUGACAGUGAGGCCAGAGCAUCUUCCAUUCCUUUCUUACCCAAAGGAGAAUCUGAAGGGCAGAGUUCUGGCAAUGGACUGCCCUCAUUGCCAGGGUUAUCUGGACUAGCUGAGGGCUCAAAUCCAACUGCUGUCAUUGGAGGAUUCUCUCUCCUCAUUAUGCCGAUGUCUGCAUCCAACAUUGGCAAUGCUCUACAGGCUGGACAACAGCUAUCUCAGUUCAUACCUUCUUUACCUGGAUGAUGUGGUCUGUUAAACUCCAUUCAAAUAAUAAACAAUAUAAGAAUUGAA